AUGGCACCGACUCCAUCCUGCGCUCCCAGACCGAACGUAGGGGAGGAAGAUAUCGCUGAUCUGCCUUCAGCCCAAACUCCUGCUGAUUCCUCCAUGGACUCUCCUGCUUUAUUUGCUCACAUUCAGAAGCUAUUCAGAGAUGAGCAGGCAACCCUGCUUUUUGUCUGCUAUUUACUCAUGAUGAUUUUACUGCUUGUCAUUACAAGGUUUAUUGUUGCUGAAGCUUUUUGUCCUGCUAAAUGUGAUUGUUCAAAGAAAGAUGUUCUUUACUGUAAGGAUAAAUCCAUUACAAACAUUGCCGACUUAGCCAUCCCACCCAAUUUUACAUUUGUGCGUAUAAGUGACACUGAAGCUAUGGAAGUUACAGAUGACAGUUUUCCGCAAAUGCCGAUUACUUUACGACUCUCUUUGGAAAGCAACAAGCUCUCUACAAUAACACCUGGAGCAUUCCAAGGCUUUCUCCUAUUGAAGUCUCUCAAGCUUUCGCACAACUCUUUACGUUCUUUACCUGCUGGAGUAUUCCAUACAUUAACUGAUCUGGAGCAGUUAUUCUUGGAUAGAAAUGUAUUGCCCUACCUCGAUCCACAUAUAUUUCAGAACUUAACAAGUCUAUCAGAACUUGCCUUAAACAGAAAUCACCUUACAAUGUUGUCACCCGAGUUAUUCGCUCAUCAAGUAAAUCUGAAAAUUCUAAAUUUAUCUAGAAAUAAGCUGUCUGGUUUGCCCAAAGAUAUUUUUUGCUCUUUGUAUACAUUAACAACCCUAGCACUCUAUGAAAACCUUUUAACAGAGAUAAGACCUGCAAUGUUUGAAAACCUCACUGAACUAGUCAAGCUUAGUCUCCAUUCCAAUGUCAUCAAAGUAAUUGACCAAGAUGCCUUUUAUCAUGUCCGCAAACUAAGGGAACUGACCUUGCAUAAAAAUCACCUACUUACACUGGCGGAUGGAUUAUUUCUUUAUAAUAGUAGAUUGGAAUCCUUGACACUUUAUGACAAUCCAUUUAUUAAACUUCCUCAUAUACUGUUUGGUAAGAUGGACUAUCUCAAGUCUCUGUGGCUCUAUAACACAUCUCUUUCAACACUUCCAAGUUUUAUCUUUAGCAAUUUAACUAAUCUGGAGAUCCUUAUUCUAACGAGAAACCAAAAUCUUCAAAGUCUUCCAUCAGAUACGUUCAGUGGUUUGCACAGACUUGUGGAACUGUAUUUACAUACAAAUAACUUAACCUUUCUUCCUGAAGAACUUUUUCAAGAUCUAUCUAGCCUGGGGAUUCUUUCCAUGCACAAUAAUAAAUUUGAUGGUCUCUCAGAGACUCUUUUUAACCCUCUUAGAAAUCUUAGAAUAGUUUAUUUAAACAGCAGUAAAAUAAUAAGACUACCGUGGAACAUUUUCAAGUUUUUACCAACACUGCAAAGAGUCCAUCUUGAAGGUAAUCCCUGGAGGUGUGAUUGCAGAUUUCAGGAGUUUAAGGUGUGGCUUGUGCAAAAUGUGGAAAAACUAUACAACUCUACAUCCCUUGUUUGUCAGAGUCCUUCUACUCUGGCAGGAGUUCCUGUAUUAGAAGCUGAAGAACUGGUAUGUCCCUAUAUUGCAACUAGUACAGUGGAUUACUAUACGUCAUCAUCUCCUGAGAGUUCAUGGCAUGUUAUGGUAACUCGGGGUGAGAAGAUGAGCUCUAAUGGAACAGCUCAAGUUAUAAGUGAAACAGGUGCCCCUAUGACUGAUCCUACCAUAGGCUGGGAUUUAUAUACAAACAGUACUAGUCCAUCUUUACUCAAUAUUGGAGUAACCACUGUAAGAACGUUCUUAGAUAAUGGUUCAGAUAAUGUAAAAGUUAAAUAUAUUUUUAGAUAUAAUCUUCCUUAUGGCAAAAUGAUAUACUAUGUUAAUUUGCUCAACCUAGCAAUGCAGAUAGUCUGUACAUGUGUAACAUGCUUUAGCUUGCUGAAAAUUAGGAAACUCUAUAAAUACUUUCGUGCUUUUAAUGAGCCUGUAAUAUUAAUACGUAUGUUGAUUCCAGUGAGCACUCUCUCUCCAGACUCAAAAACUAAAAUAACUGUAGGAUGGUCUUCAUCAGUCAUGUUUAUAUUCUUACUGCUAACUUUACCAAGCGAUGUUGCUGUAGCCACGAUCUGUCCUGUUAGAUGCACAUGCACAGUAAAAGAUUCAGUUUCUUGCCAGGAUAUAGCAGUUACGGACAUCGCCACUUUAAACAUUCCUCAUAAUUUUACGUAUGUCAUUGUAAGUGGAACUCAGGCUACAGAACUAACAGAUUCCAGCUUCCAGCAAAUGCCCUUUACGGUACGCCUGUUCUUACAGAGCAAUCGUUUUUCUAUAAUAAGACCCGGAGCUUUUCAAAAAUUUCCUCUCUUGAAAACGCUCAGACUAUCGAAAAACAAUGUGAGCUCUCUGUCUUCUGGAAUCUUUAGUACAUUAGUUUACCUUCAACAUUUGUACCUGGAUGAAAAUGCAUUGAUGAACCUUGAUCCAUCAGUAUUUAGUGACUUGAGCAGUAUAGAAAUACUAAAUUUGGCUAUAAACAAGCUCCAGUCAUUGCCUACAAAUAUUUUUAGAUCAUUGUCUAAACUUACACGUCUAAUGCUCAAUGAUAAUCUAUUGGUAGAGAUACCAUAUGGGAUGUUCAAUAACCUCACAGAGCUGGUUGAACUGAAUCUGCAUUCAAACUCAAUAGAAAUCAUUAACAAAAGGGCAUUUUAUCAGCUUCCAAAACUAAAAAUAUUAUCACUGAAAAAAAAUCACCUAAAAACAUUGGCCUUUGGAUUAUUUCUCUGCUUACAUAAAUUGGAAACAUUGUCCUUGUAUGAAAAUCCAUUAAUUGAACUGCCUGAUGUGCUAUUUGGUAAAAUUGAUACUCUCAGGUCCCUUAGGCUUUGGGCCACAUCCCUUUCUACAAUUCCCAAUUUUAUUUUUAGCAAUUUAACUAAUCUUGAGGUUCUUGUCCUAACAAAGAACUCAAAACUUCACUCUCUUCCCAAAGAUACCUUCAAUGGUCUGAACAAACUUGUGGAACUGUAUUUGUCUAGUAACAACAUUAAUGAUCUUCCGGUGGGACUCUUCGAGGAUCUAGAAAGCCUGCAAGUUCUCUCCUUGUACAAUAAUACACUUGACUCCCUCCCUGAUAAUUUAUUGAAACCUCUUAAAAAUCUUCAGAAUAUAUAUCUAAAUAACAGCAAAAUCGCAACUUUACCAGGAAACACAUUUAAGGUGUUACCAAAACUUCAAAAAGUUCAUCUUGAGGGCAAUCCCUGGAUAUGUGAUUGCAAGCUUAAAGAAUUCAAGUCCUGGUUGGAAAAUAAUACAGGAAAGGUACCAAACCACAUGUCGCUUCUUUGUACAAACCCCCCAAUACCCUUAUUGGCAUUUCAAGCACUUGCCUGUCCCUCCACGACAGUUCACGAGCAGAAGAGUGAACCUAAUUCGCUAACAACCCCUUUAAGCUCUUGGGAUAAUUUCAAUACAGAUGACAGUAGGACCUCUACUGUUACUACUACAGAACAUACGACUGGUGAAAGAGGGGACUCUGCUACUGAUCAUAUGUCAAACGGGUAUAACAGUAAAGAGCCAUCCAUAAUCUACACUGAAACAACCACCAAAAGUACUUCAGGGCUUGGAUUAAACAGAGUGACAAAGCGGGUAGACGCAGAGGAGAAGCCUCGGCAGCCCGAGGAAGUGCGCUUGGAGCGCAAGAAACAGUUCUAUCGCUGCGGGGCUGCUCCUCUGCGUCUACCCACUUUGUCACUCCUAUGA